AUGUGGAUUGUGCUUGUUGAUGCUUUAUCAAAGUGGGUAGAAGCAGAUGUACUUUAUGUUGCCACCACAAGAACUUUGUGCGAAUUCCUAGAGGAGAAGUUUAUAACAUUUGGUUAUCCGGAAAUUAUCGUGUCGGAUAAUGGUAGUCAAUUUACGUCAGAAGAGUUUCGAAAUUAUUGUCAAAGUCAUGGAAUAAAACAUGUAACGUCUUCGCCGUACCAUCCGAAAACCAACGGACUAGCCGAACGAUUCGUACGAACAUUCAAGGAGCGCAUGAAAGCCAGUGAAUAUGAUGGUUUAUCACAACGUCAGCGCUUGCGCACAUUUCUAUUUACAUAUCGAAACACACCACACUCCUUUACAGGGAAGACACCAUCUGAAUUUUUGCUAGGUCGACGCCUGCGAACUUUAUUAGACAAUCUGAAGCCUAAUGUACGGCGAGAGAUGCAUUUUAAACAUGUAAAACAAAAUCUUCAAGCAGAGCAGCCUAACAGUCAAGUCGAAAGAACAAAUCGAUAUUCCUACCGUGUUCGAACGAAGGACGGUGUAGAAAGAAGACGACAUGCAGAUCAUAUCCGAGAACGGAGGGUAAUACCACCAUCAAUCGACUUCCGGGAUGUCUCAGAUUUUAAGCGAAACAGUUUCCAUUACCAAUCUGCAAGCCCGACAGCAAAUGAUGAACAGGAACAUCAGCAGUCUAUGCAGCCCGCUAUACCGUCGCAUGAAAACGGAAACAUGAGUGAACAAGGACAACACACCGAAGCACAACAAAUUGAACAUCCAGUACGGCGAAGCCAACGGCUAAGAAAUCGACCCAAGAGACUAGUCGAAGAGAUGUAA